CUAGUGAAGGGCAAAGGUCAGAAAAAACAACAAAAACUAAAACGAAAAGAAAUCAUGUGGAGAUUGAAGAUUGCAGAAGGUGACGGAAAUAACCCUUAUUUGUAUAGCACCAACAACUUUGUGGGGAGGCAAAUCUGGGAAUUCGAUGCCGAUGCUGGAACUCCUGAAGAAUUGGAGGAAGUCGAAAAUGCCCGUCUCCGGUUCUGGAACAACCGCCACCAUGUUAAGCCCAACAGCGACCUCCUUUGGCGCAUGCAGUUUCUAAGAGAGAAGAAAUUCCAGCAGACAAUAGCCCAGGUGAAGGUUGAAGAUGGCCAAGAAAUCACUCAUGAGAUUGCCACUGUUACAUUACGCAGGGCAGUUCAUUUCUUUUCUGCUUUGCAGGCUGAUGAUGGCCAUUGGCCAGCUGAAAACGCCGGCCCUUUGUUCUUCCUACCACCCCUGGUCAUGUGUUUGUAUAUUACAGGGCACCUGAACACAAUAUUCUCCACAGAGCAUAGAAAAGAAAUUCUCCGCUACAUUUACUGUCAUCAGAAUGAAGACGGUGGAUGGGGAUUUCACAUUGAAGGUCACAGCACAAUGUUCUGCACAGCCCUGAGUUAUAUCUGUAUGCGUCUUCUCGGCGAAGGACCCGAUGGCGGUCAGAAUCAUUCAUGUUCCAGAGCUCGAAAAUGGAUUUUAGACCAUGGAAGUGUCACAGCAAUACCUUCUUGGGGAAAGACUUGGCUUUCGAUUAUUGGAUUAUAUGAUUGGUCCGGAACCAAUCCAAUGCCCCCUGAAUUCUGGAUUCUACCUUCCUUUCUUCCUAUGCAUCCAGCAAAAAUAUGGUGCUAUUGUAGAAUGGUAUACAUGCCAAUGUCGUAUUUGUAUGGUAAAAGAUUUGUCGCACCAAUUACACCCUUAAUUUUACAACUAAGAGAAGAGUUGUAUGCUGAACCUUUUGAACAAAUAAAUUGGACCCAAGUUCGACAUUUGUGCGCCAAGGAGGACUUAUACUACCCUCAUCCAUGGAUACAAGAUUUCUUGUGGGAUAUUCUCUAUUUUUGCACAGAGCCUCUUCUGAAUAGAUGGCCUUUCAAUAAGCUGAUCAGACAGAGAGCUCUGCAGACUACCAUGAAACAUAUACAUUAUGAAGAUGAAAAUAGUCGAUAUAUCACCAUUGGGUGUGUCGAAAAGGUUUUAUGUAUGCUUGCUUGUUGGGUUGAGGACCCGAAUGGAGAUUAUUUUAAGAAACAUCUUGCAAGGAUUCCUGACUACCUCUGGGUGGCUGAAGAUGGAAUGAAGAUGCAGAGUUUUGGCAGCCAGCAGUGGGAUACAGGCUUUGCAAUUCAGGCACUUAUUGCUAGUGAUUUGACAGAUGAAAUAGGGGGCACACUCAAUAAAGCACAUGAUUUUGUGAAAAAGUCUCAGGUCAGGGAGAAUCCUUCUGGCGACUUUCGAAGCAUGUACCGCCAUAUUUCUAAGGGAUCCUGGACUUUCUCAGACCAAGAUCAUGGAUGGCAAGUUUCUGAUUGCACUGCUGAAGGACUAAAGUGUUGUCUCCUUUUCUCUUUGCUGCCUCCUGAAAUUGUUGGAGAAAAGUUGGAGCCUGAAAGACUCUAUGAUGCCGUUAAUAUUCUACUGUAUUUACAGAGGAAAAAUGGAGGUUUAGGAGCAUGGGAGCCUGAAGGAGGAGGACAUAAAUGGUUAGAGCUGCUUAAUCCGACUGAGUUCUUUGAGGACACUGUUAUUGAGCAAGAGUUUGUUGAGUGUACCUCGUCCGCAAUCCAAGCUCUUGUGCUGUUCAGAUGCUUGUACCCGGGUCAUCGUACGAAAGAGAUUGAGAACUUCAUAAAAAAUGCUGCUAAGUUCAUUGAAGGCGUACAAAUGCCGGAUGGAUCAUGGUAUGGAAAUUGGGGUGUUUGCUUCACAUAUGGCACAUGGUUUGCUCUUGGUGGGCUUGCAGCAGCUGGGAAGACCUACAACAAUUGCUCAGCUGUUCGUAAAGCCGUUGAUUUCCUACUGAAAUCGCAAAGCCAUGAUGGUGGUUGGGGAGAAAGCUUCCGCUCCUGCCCUGAGAAGAAAUAUGUUCCAUUAGAAGGAGGAAGAUCAAACUUGGUUCAUACUGCCUGGGCUUUGAUGGGACUGAUUCACUCUGGCCAAGGAGAAAGAGAUCCUGAGCCUCUCCACCGAGCAGCAAAGUUAUUGGUCAAUUCUCAGAUGGAAAAUGGAGAUUUCCCUCAACAGGUAUGAAUUGGAACAAAAGAUCAGAGUAUGAAAACAAACAAUAAUCAAAUAUUUCGAAUGUUGAAGAUUGCAUUUGAUGAAUGAAUAUCUUUUAGUUGAUUGAUUGAAAGUUUUUGCUUUGCAGGAAAUUACAGGGGCUUUCCAAAAGAACUGCAUGUUACAUUAUGCAGUAUACAGAAACAUAUAUCCAUUGUGGGCUUUAGCAGAAUACCGCAAGAAGGUGCUACUACUAACAAGGGACUAAACACUUCCAAAAUCAAUGAAGACUUCCCAUCAAGAAGACAAAAAGAGAACUAAACUGAAAUAUAGAGAAAUUUCUCUUAUUAAUUUGAGAAAGUUAUUUAAUCAUUCAACAGAAAUAAUUAUUUUUUGGGAGGAAAGGUCUUUUUUUUUUAUAAUGAAAGAUUCAUGUUGUGAAUAUUGAACCUGUAAAAGAAAGUGGCCAGUUAAACAAAG